CUCGGUAUGGCCACUCCUCAAGUGAUAUUGGCGAUCGUGCGCGCUGCGAGACCGAAAUUCCGGUCUAAGCAUGACCGUCUGGCCUAUGCGGUCCAUGCCUUCCUUCUCGCAGACGGAUACAAGCUGGUGGCUACUGGAAAGGAUGCAGAUGUGCCAUCAGCAGAGAUUGCACAAGAGAGCCCUGAGGUGGGCAUGGAAGGCUGGACAGACCUGCCAGAUGCCUAUGCAUUCCGAUAUGUAGACACCACAGGCAAGCGCACCCCCAUCUUGCUCAAGAUGGUGCCCAUGGGCGACAAGAUGCUGCUGCACUGGGCCUCUCCUGGCAGCUUUGAUGAGCCCAGGAUGCUGGAACUCAAUGUCGAUGACUAUGUGGACGACACCGCCAGACCAGAUGAUGUGGCGUCGGCCUACAAGAAUCUGGGCGAUCUGGCCUCAAGGCUGCAGAGCACCUUCUACGUGGGUUCUGCCAAGGAUGCAGCAGCGCCGCCUGCAGAAGCUUCCUCCACCGCCACGCAGGCGGGCAGCGAGGCUUCUCCGGUCGCCACGCCCGUGUCUGCAGCAGCUGCUCGCUCUGUGGAGGACGACCCCUUCCAGCUGAAGGGGCCUCCGACGUACCCGCAGCCAGCUCCCUAUGUGCCCAGGGUGGGCACUGACGACCUGCUCCCGCCAGUGCGCCCGCCAAUGCCAGGCCAAAUGCCACCUGGAGAGGGUGGAGGCCCACUGCCGGGGGGCCUGCCUGGCCGCCGCGGUGGUGGUAUGCAUGUCGGCCCGGGGGAUCCGCUGUUCCGGGGCCCCCCGGCGGGGGUGUACCCGGGGGCCGAUCCUGCUGGCAGCUUCCCUGGUGGCCCUGGCUACGGCUCCGAGCCGGGCUUCCCUCCAGGUGGCCUGCCCCCUGGAGCGCACUGGGACCCCAUAAUGCCGCCCGGCAUGCAGGGCUUCAGGCCAGGUGACUUCCAGCGGCGGGACCGCGGCAGAUUUGGCGGGGGAGGCCCUGACGUGCACCCGGACAUCAUGCCGCCCGGCCCUGGCAGGGGCUUCGACCCAGAUGUCAUAUAG